AUGCAGAAAAAGAUGUCUGGGAAUGGUAAGCUACUUAUUGGUGGGAUAUCUUGGGACACCAAUGAAGAGAGUCUCAAGGAGUAUUUCAGUAGUUUUGGCGAAGUGGUAGAGGCAGUGAUCAUGAAGGAUCGGACCACAGGACGUGCUCGUGGUUUUGGUUUUGUUGUUUUCUCUGACCCGACUGUCGCUGAGAGAGUCAUCUUGGAGAAACACAAAAUAGAUGGCCGGAUGGUGGAGGCAAAAAAGGCAGUUCCCAGGGAUGAUCAGAACAUUAUGAGUAGAAGCACUAGUAGCAUCCAUGGUUCACCUGGUCCAGGUCACGCAAGAAAGAUCUUUGUAGGUGGUUUAGCAUCUACAGUCACAGAGAGCGACUUUAAGAAGUAUUUUGAUCAGUUUGGGAAUAUCACAGAUGUUGUAGUGAUGUAUGAUCAGAAAACCCAAAGGCCUAGAGGUUUCGGAUUUAUCACUUAUGAUUCAGAAGAGGCGGUGGGCAAAGUCUUGCUAAAAAAUUUCCAUGAACUGAAUGGUAAAAUGGUCGAGGUCAAACGAGCUGUUCCCAAAGAGUUAUCUCCGGGUCCCAGUCGUAGCCCCCUUGGUGGAUAUAACUAUGGUCUUAAUAGGUUUAAUGACUUUCUUGAUGGUUACACUCAGGGAUAUACACCAAGCAGUGUUGAUGGCUAUGGACUUAGGAUGGAUGGUAGAUUCAGUCCGGUGGCAGGUGGUCGAAGUGGGCUGCCUCCUUUUGGUUCUGAUUAUGGAAUGGGCAUGAACUUUGAGCCAGGCUUGAAUCUAAGUUUUGCAAACAGUACAAAUUUUAGUGCUAAUAUGAACUAUGGAUGGGGUGUUAACCCUUAUUAUAUUGGUAAUACAAAUAGGUUUGGUAGUCCUAGUGGGUUUGAUGGGACUACUGGAGGUAAUACUUCCUUUUUCAGCUCAUUGACUCGGAAUCUUUGGGGAAACGGGGGGCUUAAUUAUAACACAAAUGCUGCUAGUUCUGGAGCAUAUAUGGGAUCUGGAAGUGGUAGUAUGGGAGGAAGUUCCUUCGGAAAUAGUGGAAUUAAUUGGGGUUCUUCUUCAAUUUCCAGUCAAGUUGGAGGGAAUAAUGUUUCUAGUAAUAGUGUGAAUUUUGCCUAUGGAAGUGGUAAUAACAGCUUUUGGUUGGGGACAGCAGGGUAUGGGAGAAACAGUGGGACCAAUGUGGUGCCAACAUGAUCAUAUCCUGCACCAAAUGGUGGUUACGAUGGAGCCUUUGCAGAUCUUUAUGGUGGUGCUUCAGUUUAUGGGGAUACCACUUGGCGAUCUUCAACAUCUGAUCAAGAUGGUUCUGGUUCCUUUGGUUAUGUACUUGGUAGUGCCACUUCUGAUGUUUCGGGUAAAAGUUAUCCUGGUUAUUAUGUUGGUGGUUAUAGCGUUAAUAGGAGACAAUCAAAUAGAGGAAUUGCUACCUAGAAGAUUAUUUUGGUUAUUGCAAAUAUUGUAGGUGAAGAUAAUCUCGUGAGACAGGUGAUCUGUGAAUUUUGCACAUUUCCCUCAUUAAUAUGUUUCAGUCAACAAAGUCAGUUAUCUAAAGCUAAACUAGAGUACCUGUUCUGGAGAACUGAAUUUAGAGUUGGACAUUAUCCAUAUCCUUUGUUCAGGUUUGAGGUUCGAGUUAGAGCUUCUUUUAUUUAUUUAUUUAUUUAUUAUUUUUUCCUUUGGUAUGUGAGUGAGAUGUAAAAUCAGAUUCCGGGAUGUAGACAGAAAAUGGUCAUGCAUCUCGCGUCAGGCGGGGAUACAUAUAGAUAUUAGACUACUAAUGGUUAUUAUUUUGCUACCUAGGUUUUAUGUUCUGUCAUGGCUGUGGCAAAGUAUGCCUUGGUUUUUGUUUUCUUUUCCAUGUCUAGUUCCAUUAUUUGAGUUUGUGUUUCAGUCAGAUUGUAACUAA